AUGUCUAUGGUAUUCAGGCGCUCAAUGGCCACCGCUGCCUCGUUGAAGAGGGCCGGUAAGGUCAUGUGCAUCGGCCGCAACUACGCCGACCACGUCAAGGAGCUCAACAAUGUCCGCCCCAAGCAGCCCUUCUUCUUCCUCAAGCCCACCUCCUCCAUCCUCCUCCCCGGAGCCGGCCCCGUGCUGAGGCCUAAGGGCGUCGACAUGCACUACGAGGUCGAACUCGCCCUUAUCCUGGGCAAGCAGGUCAAGGACCUCAAGGCCGACGACUACAAGGGCGCCAUCGAUGCCAUUGAGGCCUACGCCCUCGCCAUCGACAUGACUGCGCGCAACGCCCAGAACGAGGCCAAGAAGAAGGGUCUUCCCUGGGAUAUUGCCAAGGGCUUUGACACGUUUCUCCCCAUGAGCGACAUCGUCAGGAAGUCCGACAUCCCGGACCCUCACAACAUCGAGCUCUUCCUCAAGGUCAACAAUGAGACCAAGCAGGAUGCCUCCACCAACCUGAUGCUCUUCCAGAUCCCCCGCAUUCUGAGCGACAUCUCCAAGGUCAUGACCCUCGAGGCCGGUGACAUCGUCCUCACCGGAACUCCCGCCGGUGUCGGCCCGGCCGUGCCCGGCGAUGUUAUCCGCGCCGGCCUCCGUGUCGGUGGCAAGGAGCUGCCCGAGGCCAAGAUCGAGGUUGCUGUCGAGGAGUCUCCCAGCUCUUACCAGUUCGCCGAGACGUGA